UAAAUGGCUUAGCAGCUAUGCACAGUGCAAUAAUCACAAAAUUGGACCUUAGUUUAUUUUAUAAGAAUAAGGAUUUCAUGGUUGCCUUAGCAGUGCAAGAACCUUCAAGUUGUUUUUGGUUCAUAGCAGUAAUAACAGUGCAAGAACUAUAA